GUCAGCACAAGGCCAAUGUUCACAUAUUCCAAUGUGCAUGAUACUACGUCACAAAAUGAUGUCCACAAGUUGCUCUGAAAAUAAAUCCCGGGAUCCUUCCGAUCAGCGUAGAUAUCUAGACUUGCAAAAGAGUGUGAAGUGUUGAAUAGAUGUAGACUUGCAAUCAGCAGUGAGCAAGAUGAAGAAAGCAGCAAGAGUGGUGUUCAUCCCUUCUCCUGGAGUUGGUCAUCUGGUGUCUAGCAUGGAGUUUGCCAAGGUUCUGAUCAACCGCGACGAUCGUAUCUGGAUAACUGUGUUGGUAAUGAAGGUACCAUCUGACACCACAAGUGCUGCUUACACCCACUCCCUUUCCUCCAACACUGAACCAAGUCAAUCAACCCCAACCCCAACCCCAACCGCAGUGUUAACUCUUGUGGAACAACAGAAAGCACACGUGAAAGAAGCACUCUCCAACCUCACCUCUGCGCCCCCACUCGCCGCCUUCAUUGUGGACACCUUCUGCGUAAGCAUGAUUGAUAUCGCCAAAGAGUUUGGGGUCCCUUCACUCGGCUUCUUCACCUCAGGUCUUGCCUUCCUUGGUUUGAUGCUUCAUCUUCACACGCUUCGAGAACAAGACAAGGGCGAGUUCAGAGACUCCCACACUGAGUUGGCCACCCCCAGUUUCGCCAACCCGGUUCCUUCAACGGCUUUGCCUUCACUGUUGGUCGACAAGGAGUGGGACCCCUUAUUCAUGGCCCUCGGGAGAGGCCUCAAGGACGCCGAUGGCAUUAUAGUAAAUUCAUUCGAGGAGCUGGAAUCUCACGUCGCCAACGCCAACCAGGCUCUACGCAUUUAUCCAGUGGGGCCCAACAUAAUAAACCCCAAGCCUCAUGCAGAGGCUCAUAACAGUGAUGUCUUCAACUGGCUUUAUCAUCAACCUCCUUCCUCCGUAGUAUUCCUGUGCUUCGGGAGCAUGGGUUCUUUGGGUGAGGAUCAAGUGAGAGAGGUUGCACGUGCUCUUGAGGAGAGUGGGGCCCGCUUCCUAUGGUCCCUGCGGAAACCCCAACCCAAAGGUUCCAAUUUCAUGACCUCGCCUUGGGACAUGGCUGCAGUUUUACCACCGGGCUUCUUGGAUCGGAUUGGGACGGCAGGGAUUGGAAAGGUUAUCGGAUGGGCUCCUCAGGCCCAAAUAUUGGCCCACCCAGCCACGGGAGCCUUUGUUUCGCACUGCGGCUGGAAUUCUACCCUCGAGAGCAUAUAUUUUGGUGUGCCCAUUGCCACUGAGCUGAAGAUCGCUGCGGAGGUUGCGUUGGAUUACAGGGUUGGACCUAACACUCUUUUGAGUGCAGAGCAAAUAGCAAAAGGAAUAAGGAGUGUGUUGAGCAUGGAUGAAGAUACAAGGAAUAGAUUGAAGGAAAUUAGUGAAAAGAGCAGGAACACCUUGUUGGAACCUGGAUCCUCCUACUCUCAUUUAGGACGUUUGAUUCAUUAUCACCUAUCUUAAUAACUAAUCAGAUCUCUAGUUCAACUAUCAAUUACCUUCAACUGCAUCAAACCCCUCAACCUUGUCCUAAGACAUGUUUUUUAAGUUAUUUGAAUUCACUUCAUCACAUCAAAUAUGUUGUUUCAACACCA